GGGGCUCUCCCUGCCGUCCGGAUAUUGUUGCCUUUCUCUGCAGAUUGUUACACGUUCGGUUGAAAGUAACAACUCGCCUCCGCCGUGCGCGCCAUUCCGCUCGGUGCUGCGGCCCUGCUCUGAAACUGACUCAAGGGGUUUUUUUUGAGGGGGAGGAGAGAGAGAGAAAAAAUGUUUGUUUUUUGUAAAAUUCAAAUGCAAAGAAUAAAAUGCAGCAUGUGGGAGAGGAAGAGAGAUGGACGGUCGAUGCACGUUUUAUAAAAUAAUUAAAUAAUACAUUUAAAGAACAAAGCGAGGCUGGAUGGUGCUUUGCAGUUUUUGGAAGAUUAUGUUUUAAACCGCAGCUUCGCUACUUUUGGAGUUUGCCCGCAGUUGCUCUCGGUUGCAUUUGAUGGACGCUACAAAUUAUGUCUAAGUACGAGGACGACCUGUCCGUGCAGACGAGCUUUCUGCAGGAUCUGUCUCUGUACGAGGCGGCCACCGAUGGGCUGUACGGCGCACGGAGGGAGCUGCUGGCCGGCCCCAGCCUGGAAGAGACAAAGCGGGCCGUCUUGCUGCAGAUGAUCCCGGGACACCAGCACCACGUCCUGCAGCUGCAGGGCCCCGAGGCGGCGGCGGCGGGCAGGAUGAACGGGACUGGGACCGAUCUCCACCUCCAGGACCGGAGUCUGGGCACUUUCUGCAAACUCUCGGCAGCGCCCCGGGGAGCGAACGGGAAUCGCGGCGGCGGCCUGGAGCCGCAGCAGGCGGGCGGCGAGCCCGACCCGGUGAGCUGCUACUUCAAGGGGCACGGGGCUCCGGCAGCCUUCGGUUACAGCGCCGAGAGCCGCAGGUACAGCGGCGGCGGGACGGUUUACGAGCCGGGCCAGGCGUGCGGUCGGCAGGGAGGUUACGCCGCGUAUCCCGGCGCUCCGGCCGGCAGAGGCAACAAUGUAUCGGCCGCCAGGAGCAACAAUGUAUCGGCCGCCCGCGGCAACAAUGUAUCGGCUGCCGGGCAGCCCCCGGACCCGCGGCUCGGCGCCACCAGCCCCCGCUCCAGCCUCGCCUCGUCCUCCUCCUCCUCCAACUCCACCCAGGAGCACGGCAAGCACCCGAGCCCCCGCUCCAGCCUGUACCCCAGCCCCCGCUCCAGCCUGGUGGUGGGGGGCCCGGGCCCGGCGCAGGACAAGUACUCGAGUCCCCGGGCCAGCCUGAUCCAGUACGAGGGCGGCGGCGGCCUGAGCUCCCGCUCCAGCUACGCCAGCACGGCGAGCGACACCAGCAAGCACUCGAGCCCCCGGGCCAGCCUGAACGAGAGCGGCGGCAGCAAGCCGAGCAGCAACCGCACCAGCGGCAUCAGCAUGGGCUACGACCAGCGGCACGUCAGCCCCCGCUCCAGCUACUCCGACUCCCGGUUGGCGGCGGCCGACGCCGAGGGUCCCGGGCCGGGCCCGAGUGCCCGCAGCAGCAUCUCCAGCCAGAGCUCCCGCAGCUCCCGCGGCUCCAUCAGCGCCGCCUACCCCGACCUCCAGCUGCCGUCGUCGCCCCGCUCGUCGCUGCUGAGCGCCGGCCUCCCGGAGGAAGGUUACCCGGGGCCCGAGGGCCAGCCGGCCUGCCCCGGGGAUCCGUGCUGUCACCAGCGGCCGCAGGCGGCGGGCGGCCCGGCCUCGGAGGCGGCCGCCGGCACCCUGCAUCCGUACAGCUACAGCCCGGGCAAGGGCCCGCCGGCGGCGCACAAGGUGCGGCUGCCGUACCAGGUGACGCCGGGCCGGGACAGCGGGCCGAGCCAGGCCGAGAAGCGGCUGGAGGCGCUCACCCGGGAGCUGGAGAAGGAGCUGGAGCUACACGUCAAGAAGGAGUACUUCGGUAUCUGCGUAAAGUGCAGGAAGGGUGUGUACGGAGCCAGCCAAGCUUGUCAAGCCAUGGGCAAUUUGUACCACACCAAUUGUUUCAUCUGCUGCUCCUGCGGUCGGAGGUUACGAGGGAAGGCUUUUUACAACGUGAACGGGAAGGUGUACUGCGAGGAAGACUUCCUGUACUCUGGCUUCCAGCAGACAGCAGACAAGUGUUUUGUGUGUGGACACCUGAUCAUGGAGAUGAUCCUUCAGGCACUGGGCAAGUCCUACCACCCAGGCUGCUUCCGCUGCGUGGUGUGUAACGAGUGUCUGGACGGCGUGCCCUUCACCGUGGACGUGGAAAACAACAUCUACUGCGUCAAAGACUACCACACAGUGUUUGCGCCAAAAUGUGCGUCCUGUGGUCACCCCAUUCUCCCAGUGCAGGGCUCGGAGGAGACGAUCCGGGUGGUGUCAAUGGACAAGGAUUACCAUGUGGAAUGUUACCACUGCGAGGACUGCGGUCUCCAGCUGAAUGAUGAGGAAGCCCGUCGCUGUUACCCCCUGGAGGGGCAUCUCCUGUGCCACAGUUGCCACAUCCGUCGGAUCAACAUCCCCCUGCCCGCCCAGCCGCCCCCCACUUACCAGCUGCACGUCACCGAGCUGUGACGGGAGGGCCACCACCCAUCCCCCCUGUGCUGACCGGAGAGGGCAUUCUGCUGGCUGAGUCCUGCUUUAGGAACCACAAUCUAGGACCUUGCUGGCCCUUCCUUCCUUCCCGAGGAGGGCAGUGUCCACGGUUACUGUUAGUAACCCACUUUGGCUGGGACCCCGGAGAGCAGCAGCAGAAGGUGUGGACAGAGAGAAGAUCCAGACAUUGGAGCUGUGACCGAGUCCCUGCUCGCCAACGGUGUCGAGGGAAUGGUGGACUCCAGCCUCUGAGCUCCCCUCCAGUGAGAUGUCCACUAGGCGGCAGUUAGAUCACACAACCCUAAUCGCGGCUCAUCCAUUUUGUCAGCCUCCGGUAACUAGUCGGAUGUUUCUGAUUGAGGACCUAUUUAAUUCUGCACCUCUUGAGUGACCAAAGCCCUGGUUGCCCCUCUCGAGAGCGAGAGAGAGGGGGGGGGGCAUCUGGGAGAUACUCUUUAGCCCAGGACGUCUGUGCCUGCUCUUAACAUAGCAAACCUUGAAACUUGACCACAGCCACUGCUCAGUGGGAGCCUCUGCAUUUAUAAACAUGCCAUCCACCUGAUCUGAUUAACCCUUUCAGUACAUCACAACACACAGGCAUGUAGACUAUGCAAGGAAUCACAAGCGUUUUAUAUAAACUGCUCAAUGGUGGCAUUGUACAGUGGGCCCAACUUUGUAAUUUUGUAAUAGUUUUUUUAAAUGUAUGUCUUAUUUUCUAAUUGGAUGAUUCGGUACAUUUUCUGUACUGAUUAUUCGACGGACUCCCACCUCCCCACACCCGUCCCCUGCACCAGUCCACCUCCAGAUGUCGCCGGGCACUAGCAUCUUGGUCCUGAAGGUUGCUGGGUUAACCUUGUGAUUGUUGUCAGUUUUCCAAAGGGGGAAGGCUUUUCCCAAUGGGAAUGUUCAUCCCACUCCCUAAGGAAUGAGCGGCUGCCCAGAACCAGUCAUCAAAUGGACGCCCAGACCUGCUGGGACCAGUCACCUGCUGCUGGAAAUCUCAAACCUCCAUCCACCUUUAUUUAUUUUCCCAACCAUCCCACUUGCCGCCCCCACG